AUGGCGCUCAAUCGAACUUUCACCCUCAACACCGGCGCCAAAAUCCCCGCGGUCGGCUUCGGCACGUGGCAAGCUGCACCGCACGAGGUCGAGAAAGCGGUCGAGAUAGCUCUCAAGGCCGGCUACAGGCACCUGGAUUGUGCGGCGAUCUACAGAAACGAGACCGAGGUCGGCCUGGGCAUUCGGAAGAGUGGCGUCGACCGGAAAGACAUCUUCAUCACGACGAAGCUGUGGAACAGCAAACACGACCCCAAGGAUGUCGAACCAGCACUCGACAAGUCGUUGAAGGAUCUCGGAGUCGACUACGUCGACUUGUACCUGAUGCACUGGCCCGUGGCCUUUGCGUCGGGAGACCGAUGGUUCCCACUCGACGAGCAGGGCGUGUUUCGGCUGUCAGACGUGCCGUUCACUGAGACGUGGAAGGCCAUGGAGGCACUGUUGAAGACCGGCAAGACGCGCGCGAUUGGCGUUUCCAACUUCAACAUCCGGCGCUUGAAGGAGCUCCUCGCCAGCUGCGAGGUGGUGCCCGCGGUCAACCAGGUGGAGGCACACCCAUAUCUCCAACAGCCCGAGCUGCUCGACUUCUGCAAUGAGAAGGGGAUCUUGAUCCAGGCAUACAGUCCCCUGGGGAACAACACGACCGGCGAGCCAAAGACGCUCGAUGACCCAGAAGUCCAUGCUGUCGCCAAAUCCUUGGGGAUGGACCCCGGCCAAGUCCUCGUGAGCUGGGGGGUUCAACGCGGCACGGUCGUGCUGCCAAAGAGUGUGACCGAGAAACGCAUCCGCGACAAUUUCCAAGAUGCCAUCCUCCCCGACGAGGCGAUGAAGCGGCUGAACGCACUCGAGCGACACAAGAGGUUCAAUUUCCCCGCCCGAUGGGGGUACGAUAUCUUCGACGAGCUUGGCGACGAGCAGGUGGCCAAGAUCGCGAAGGAAUCGGGGCCGGAGAAUUUGCAAAAGUUCACCGUUUGA